AACAAAAUGGCGGUGCGUAAGGAUCCAGACAAGAAGACUUUACCGUGGGGUUUAUCAGCCGAUGGAUUGACUCCAGGUUCAAUGAAGACUYUGACUGGAGACAAGUUGAAAGCGUUUUCAAGUGGUACAAUGAAUGCUGCUGCAAAAAAGGCGGCUAAAGCCAAGCAAGAGUUAGAAGAAAGGAAAAAGAGAGAUGAGGAGAAAUGUGCAGAGGUAUUUGCAGAUUUUGUGGCUUCAUUUGAGGACUCAAGAGCAAAGGGCAAGACAUUUGUCCGUGGAAGCACCAUCAACCCAGACACAAAAGUUGAAACUAAAUCUGAUGAUUCUGGAAGACUUUACAAACCAAUGGCUAAACUUAGUUCUGCUGUAAUGGAAGAGAAAAUAAAGACAGACACACCACAAAAAUUGGAUAUGAAAAAGAAAGGAAAAGAAAAGGAGAAAAAGAAAAGUAACCUUGAACUUUUCAAAGAAGAAUUAAAAAGGAAUCAGCAAGAGAGAGAAUUAAGACAUAAAAUCAAAAAAGGAGACAUAACAGACAUACCAAGUGAUGUGUUGAGUGCUUUACCAGCUUCAUUUCUUAACACACCUAAAUCUGAUGAUCCAUAUGCAACUGGUUCACACGAUACAGGAGAUCCUAACACUACAAAUAUAUAUAUUGGAAACAUUAGCCCAAAGAUGAAUGAAGAGGCAUUGAUGAAGCUCUUUGGAAAGCAUGGCCCACUGGCAAGUGUAAAGAUCAUGUGGCCUCGGACUGAUGAAGAAAAAUCCAGGAACAGAAAUUGUGGUUUUGUUGCUUACAUGAGACGAAAGGAUGGAGACAGAGCAAUAAAGGAACUUGGAGGCAAAGACAUCAUGGGGUACGAAAUGAAAUUAGGGUGGGGCAAAGCAGUGCCACUCCCCCCACACCCCAUAUAUGUCCCCCCUGAAAUGGAAGAAGACAACACUCCUCCACCCCCCUCAGGACUGCCAUUCAAUGCUCAGCCAGAUAAACACUCCACAAAGGAUGCCCCUAUUGAAGACAAAGAUCUUCUUGACCCUAAUGGUUUUAAUAAAGAGACGUUAGCCAAUGCUGUUGUGAAAGUUGUAAUCCCGAAGGAAAGGAACUUGCUUUGCUGUAUUCACCGUGUCAUAGAGUUUGUGGUGCGUGAAGGACCAAUGUUCGAAGCCAUGAUCAUGAACAGAGAAAUCAACAAUAAUAUGUUCAGAUUUUUGUUUGACAACCAAUCCCCUGAGCACAUCUAUUACAGAUGGAAGCUGUUUUCUAUACUACAGGGUGACUCACAAACAAAGUGGAGGACAGAAAAAUUCAAAAUGUUUUGUAAUGGUUCCUGGUGGCAGCCUCCAUCGUGUACGCAGUAUAGUGUAGGAGCAUAUACRAUAGCUUCAGCCACAGCAGUAUCCAAGCAAAUAGAUGAAACCCCUCCAGAAAAGGUGACACCAGCUAAACCAGUGGAGAGAGAAAUUUCUGUACCAAGCACCACCAGCAGUAAGGACAGGGACAAGAAAUUCAAUUUAUCAUCAAGGCAAAGAGACAAGCUUGAAGACAUGCUAAGGAACCUAACGAUAGAGAGAUCCAAGAUAGCUGAUGCUAUGGUGUGGUGUCUGGAGCAUGCUGACUCAGCUGAUGAGGUUACAGAAUGUAUAAGUGAAUCUCUGUCGCUCCUGGAAACACCUCUUCAAGUGAAAGUUGCACGUCUCUAUCUUGUGUCUGAUAUCCUCCACAACUGUUCRGUCAAAAUUCCUAACGUGUCCUACUUUAGAAAGGGAUUUGAAACAAGACUAAAGGAUAUAUUCGCAAAUUUAAGUGCAGCUUUUAAAGCAAUAAAAGCGAGGAUGAAAGCUGAACAAUUUAAGAAACAAGUGAUGAGAUGUCUUUCUGCUUGGAUGAGCUGGGCUGUCUAUCCUCCAGACUUUCUAGUCAACUUACAGUGUAUAUUUCUUGGCCAGAUUGACAGCAAUGCUGGUUUAUUUGGGGUGAACCAUAGCUCGAACUUGGAUCGCAAACCAUUUGCAGAUGUUGACGGGGCUCCUCUAGAUUUGGAUGGAGUCCCCUUGAAAUCUGAAGAGAUAGAUGGUGUGCCUCUGGAAGAAAGUGCCCUAGACGGUGUUCCACUAGCCAAGGAAGAUAUUGAUGGAGUACCCAUGGAUGCCAGUGAUACCAAAUCAAAAGAUAUGGGAAUAUAUAUUGCGUCAAAAUGGGACAAACCAGAAUGGGAAAGAAUGGAAGAAACGACAGGAGUAAACGAACAGGAAUAUCACCACCAACAACAUAAUGAGGAAGAUUCGCCAUCAAAAAAUGACGAAUCGUCACUACAAGCACAGGAUAAGUCCUCUCGCGCAGCCGAGAUGGACGAGACCAGAAGAAGAAAGCUACGGGAAAUCGAGCUGAAAGUGGCCGAGUAUGCACAGAAACUGGAAGCUAAAGGCAGCCGCAAAGGAGGGAAAACUAGCAAGGACAUCGCAGAACAGUGUGACCAGUAUAGAGCUAAGCUACUUGAGGCUAUCGAACCAAAAGGGAAGCGCUCAAGAAGGUCCAGGUCRCGCUCUAGGUCACCACCCAGGAGGAAACGGCGUGACAAAUCUCGUAGUAUGUCACGCUCUCCAUCACCUGACCGAUCAUCAUUAUCUUCGUCACAAGUAUUACAGUCACUCAAAGGCUACGACUCGCGAAGUCCUACACCGUCUAGCUCGUCGUCUCGUCAACGGCGAUCCCGAUCACGCUCGAGAAGCUCUUCGCGAAGUCGUCGGAAAUCACGAUCUCGUUCACGAAGUCGAUCACCAAGAUCGCAGCGAAAACAUCGAACCAGGUCAAGAUCACGAAGCACUUCGCCAAAGAAAAGCUCGAAAAAGAGAAGGUCUCGGUCAAGAUCGCGUUCACCAUCAAAGAAAAAAGGCAAGAGGCGAAAGAAGUGAGACUAAAGUAGGYUUGGACUAUUCAUUCUUUAGAUACUUGGUCUGACGCACCACUGCACCGUGACCCCUUUUUCAAGAAGCCAGCUUCCAGCCUGGAUUAAGCUUCCUAGUAUGAGUCUAGUUUCUACUGAAAUUGCAAGCGUAUGGUGCGGCCUYGUAAAAGACAAAACAUCCACAAGAAAGUACCGUAUUCUUUAGCUACAUGUGACACUUAAUUUGAUUGACGAGAAAAUAUUUCUUUUUAGCCUCUGUUUUUAUACCACUUGUUAUAGUCGUUGUCGUUAACCUUAAAUCAAGCAAGGAACACGGUUCCUUGAGACUAAGCGUCACGUAAUCUUGCAUGAAGUUGUGCUGUGUUUCUGGACGAACUUAUAAUAGCAUGCAACAAAGUUUGCAUGAGAAAUAUUCCGAAGKACUUUGCGAGAUAAAUAACUUCCAAGUAUCUUAAAUUCGUAAUUAUUAAGUUAUACUUGAAAUGUAUCACACACGCAAAUGCAGAAUAGUGUAAAUUCCUUAUGCCUGUGAAAUGGCACGUAUACGGCGUGAUAAUAUGAGCCAAUCACAGCGCGCGAGGUCACUGCUUAUCCAAUAAAAAUGCGGCGUAGACACGACACGUGCGUCAAAUGAGGUUUUACCAAGUUUCAUUCAUUAAUGUAAAAUAGCGGGUUUCAUACGAGUGGAAGACACAGCCAAUCUAUAGUCAYAUCUCCAACUAUGAUACUGUAUUUUCCUGUAACAGUAUCUACGCGUUUUGAUUAUAUAAAUCGUACAAAUACACUGGAACCCAUUUYAGAGUCCUGAUUAUUGUACGAGUCAUUGAUCAGUACUAUAAGAAUAUCACUAGUGGAAAAUGGUCAGUUCAUUGACUAUAAAUUGGAUUCCAUGAUUAAGAACCCUCAUUGGUCAGAAUGCAUUUCUGUGCCAUUUGAUUGGCURAAAGCCAAGUUGCUAGGCAUUUCCAACUGACCCGUACCAAAUCUGCUUUGACGACCAAAAUAAAUAGGCUUGAGAAAACAUGACUUUUAUCCAAGUUAUGAUACUACAACAACUAGCUAAAGAAAUAAAGUAYUGUAUAGAUAUGUCACUAUAAA